AUGGCAUCGGAACCUACCACCAGUGGCACUCUCUCCGCCAAGUCAAGCAUAGACUCCGGUAUUCGUGAGCUUUACCGCUACCACCUCGCAUACCUUGAGAGGCACCCCGAGGAGGCACAGGAGGAAGACCAUGAGAUGGUCUUUCCCAUGGAAAUAGACGAUGAUUCCACUGUCGACGCUACCAUGGCAAAUUCCACCUACAGCAGAAAUGAAAGCCUCGGGGAACCUGGGCCCACAGUGAAUGAAGAACCGAUGGGCAAACCCACUCUGACCUUUUCCUCUCAAAAUAGACCCGAUUCUGGAAUCGAUAUCACAGGCUCUAGUCUCCCGCUUCCUCCAGGCGUCAACACCGAGCCUUUUCCGGAAUACUACAGAUCGUGUGAAACGCAGGAGGCCCACGAGAACAAGCAGAUUGAGGAAGCAUACAAUCUAGCUAUCGCCAAAGUCUGUGAGGACGUCAUAAAGUUCGGACAGAUCGAUUUGCGGGCCACAGCGCCUCUUGCCUUCACUAUGGCGGAUGAUGAUAAAGCUAUCGCCAGUUCUGCGGCUAAUGAACAAGACAUUCCUAAGAUCGAGAGUCCCCCUACUCCGGCCUCAUAUUUGAGCACCGAAUUUUCGAACACCCAGCACUCAGGAGUGGGCUCUGAUUCUUUUCAGCUUGUGCCUGAGGAGCGCAAGAAGGAUGCCCUCGAGCAAAUCAGGGCCAUGAUCGCCUCAGAUCAUAUGAAACCAUCUACCAGGACGCGCUUCGUGACGAUGUGCAAUACUAUUCUUCGUCUCGAGUUCCUUCUGUUUCGCAGACAUGUAACUCCCGUGGACCCAGUCCUUGGACUGACCAGUGAGGAGGUCGAAGAGGUCAUGUACCACUUGGAAGAUCUCAGAAGGACCCUUGGAAUCAUCGACAGAAUCCUCCAGCAGGAACUCACUUGGGCGCGCCGCGUUGAGCUUUCGGUCAAGUACAUUGCUGAGGAUACUCAGUAUAACGUGGUGACUCGCUUCAGAAAUAUGGCAGAAGUGAUUAUUAGCCAUAUGAACAAGCCCCGCCCGUCCGAAAGACGCCUUCUCGCCGUCUUCUUCGACUUCUUCGACGCGUAUCUCUACACUGAUUUCAUCAGAGAUUACCAGCGGCAGCUUCCUGUUGAAGAGAAUUGGAACCCCGUCCGCGUGGAAAUGACCCGCGCCUUAAUCGCAGUCUGGGAUUUGAUCAACCGGGCCAUCGAGAGCUACGAUGCCAUCAUCAAGGUGACGAUGGACAUCAAGGGCAAGUACACCGAACCCCACUUCCGAGAAAUGCAAGAGGCCCCUCAGAUCUGGAUCAAUGCUAUGCUUGAGCAUCAUAUUGAGGGUGAACGGGAGCGGCAGCGCCAGGCUGCUCAGCGGGCAGAGGCGAGGGAGGUUGCGCGUGAGCAGGCGAGACUUCAGGCUGAGGAGGAGCGCCGCAACGAGGAGAACAAGAAGGUGAAGGAAGAGAUGGAGAUAGAAGAUGAGGAGGCUGAGACAGUGGUCGGGGAUGGUGAUCGUGUUGGUCUUAAUGCAGUGGGUAUGUAUCCUGGCGUCAUAGUCAGGGACUUGGCGUACGAGGCGAUCACUAAAUCUGAGCAGCCUGCUGUGCCUGCCCCCAAGAACCCCGAGGACUCUGAGACGACUGGGGCUUGA